UUUAAGUACAAACUUGCCUGGCGCUAUAAGGGGACUAGUUCGGCAUCAUGGACGGCAGUUCCUGUAAAUGGAGGUUCAAGUUUCGCCGUUUAUUCUGGACCUUAUGUACAAACCGGAUCAAAUUCUGCCGAAGACUGGGAGGAAGGAGAGAAAACAUUCAUAUACGAUUUCCCUAACAAAGGGCCUUACAAAGUUAGUUAUGCGAAUGGUGAUUGGAUAAGUCUUGCUUAUGGUAGUGCUUCAUCUUGGAAUUUACAAACAGCAGUUGACUUGCACCACCGAAGUGACACAUACCAACCUAACUACAGUCCAAUAACCACAAGUCGAGCAAUAUAUAGGGUUCAAUAUGGAUGUCCUGUAAGCAUUAAACUACCAAUAAUUGACCCAGACGGCGAUAAUGUUCAGUGUCGAUGGGCAACAACAGCGGAGGCGGCAACGAUAUCUAGACUCCUACCGAAUGCACACUUAGAUCAGAAAAGUUGUACACUAACGUUCACUGCAAACUCAGCUAAUAGUUAUACAAAUAAUGGUUGGUUUGCUGUCGCAUUGACGAUUGAAGACUUUCCAAGAAGGACAAUUACUAUCAAUAAUCGCGUGUAUUCUCCUUCAAUACCAAUUACACACAUUCCACUUCAGUUUUUGAUUCAUACCGAAACCAUGCCUGGAUCGUGUAAUGACAAACCAGUUUUUGUGUCACCUACACUUGCCGAAGGUCAUGUGACAAUAGUAAAGGCUACUGCUUCUUUUUCUACUGUAUUUUAUGUCAAGUCAGAUACUGGAUUGAAAUCAAUAGAUAUCAGCGGUCCUCAGGGACUUUCAGAGUCAUCUAUUAUGGCAGACGAUCAAGGAAGGUCAAAUGUCCGACGAGUUGUCAUCCGAUGGACCCCUACUCAAACAGAGAAAGGAACGCAUAUCAUUUGUGCCUCUGCUGAAGAUACUAACAAAAAAUUGGGUGACACACGUUGUAUAUCAGUUAUUGCAUGGGAUGUAGACCCAUGUGAAAUAAGUCCAUGUAGAAAUAAUGGAACGUGUAACAGGUUCGGAUACACAUCCGAUUACACGUGCCAUUGUGUACCUGGUUUUACCGGAAGACAGUGCCAAACUGACAUUAAUGAAUGUGCAUCAAACCCCUGUAGAAAUGGUGGUUUAUGUCUAGAUCUCAUAAACAAUCAUCGCUGCCAUUGCCAAGAGGGAUACACAGGCUUCAACUGUCAGAUAAACAUUAACGAAUGCUUCAGUAAUCCAUGUCAACAUGGUGCUACGUGUACAGAUCUAGUGAACGGUUAUACAUGUCGGUGUUCAAAUGGUUACACUGGUAUAAACUGUGAGACAGAUAUUGACGAAUGCUCUAGUAAUCCGUGUAACAACAAUGGCACAUGUGUAGAUGGAAUAGCUUCAUGGAAUUGUGCAUGCAUACCUGGAUUUACUGGAAAUCAAUGUCAAACAGGUUAG